AUGGCACCUGCUCCAGUGAUCGACGACACGGAAAUGGACAUGGCAGGCCAAGAGCCUGGCGAGGACGAGGAGCAAAGAGUCAUAAACGAGGAGUACAAGACGUGGAAGAAGAACUCACCAUUCCUCUAUGAUAUGAUCCUGAGCACCGCGCUUCCCUGGCCGACCCUCACGGUCCAGUGGUUCCCCGACGUCAAGGAACCCGAGGGCAAGAACUGCCGAAUCCACCGAGUCCUCAUUGGAACCCACACCUCGGACGAGAAGCCGAAUUACCUUCAGAUCGCCGAGGUUGAGAUCCCCAAGUCGGUCCACCCCAACGCACGGGAUUACGAUGAAGACCGCGGCGAGAUCGGCGGUUAUGGCAAGUCAUCGGCGUCGGGCGAUAUCACAGCCAUGAAAUGGAACGUGGUGCAAAAGAUUGACCACCCCAAUGAGGUCAACAAAGCGCGGUACUGCCCGCAAAACCCUGAUCUAAUCGCUACCUUGGCCACCGACGGCCGCAUCCUCGUUUUCGACCGAACCAAGCACAGCUACGAGCCUAAUGGCAGACUUAAUCCUCAAAUCGAGCUCAAGGGCCACAGGAAGGAGGGCUUUGGUCUGAACUGGAGUCCCCACGUCCAAGGAUCACUGGCUUCGGGCAGCGAGGAUGAGACAGUCUGUCUCUGGGACCUCCAGUCGCUGCAGAGCGGAAGCAAUACUCUCAGCCCCGCACGCCGCUACACGCACCAUGCCCACGUCGUAAACGAUGUGCAGUACCACCCGAUCUCCAAGAGCUUCAUCGGAAGUGUCUCGGAUGACCUGACCCUGCAGAUCCUGGAUGUGCGACAACCUUCGAAUUCUCAGGCGUCAUUGGUGGCCAGAAACGGCCACAGUGAUGCCAUCAAUGCCCUGGCCUUCAACCCGUCGACAGAGGUGUUGGUGGCCACUGCAUCUGGGGAUAAUACCAUAGGCAUAUGGGACCUCAGAAACGUCAAGGAAAAGGUGCAUACCCUCGAGGGUCACCAGGAUGCGGUGACUUCGCUUUCGUGGCACCCACAUGAGGCCGGCAUCCUCGGCAGCGCCAGCUAUGAUAGGCGAAUAAUAUUCUGGGACCUGAGCCGAGUCGGCGAGGAGCAGCAACCCGAUGACCAGGAGGACGGACCUCCAGAGCUGCUGUUCAUGCAUGGUGGUCAUACAAACCACCUCGCUGAUUUCAGCUGGAAUUUGAACGACCCCUGGCUGAUUGCCAGUGCCGCUGAGGACAAUAUGCUCCAGAUCUGGAAGGUCGCCAACUCGAUCGUCGGCAAGGACGAGGCGGACCUCCCGCUGGAUGAGCUUGGCAGGUAA